AUGUCGGCCCAAAGAGACAGCAUCAUGGCAGCACCGUCGAGUACUCUGAGCAGUAACAAAUUCAAUGUUGUCACUAGUGGAACAAACUCCGGCACUGGAGAUGGCAACAGUAAUUUUAGCAAUACUAGUGGCACUUCGGUACCCCCGAUGCAGGCUUCAACGAAUGUUACUAUCUUAGAUGGGGGAGGAGGUGCUAAUAGCCGCUUGCGCCAUCAUCAUGCACAUCAUCAUCUGCUCGAAUGUAAUGACACGGUCGCGGCAGCCACCGGUUUGCAGCAGCUCUCUAAUGCUGCUGCCUUAAAGCUAAGGGGCGAUUGUGCUCCACCAACAGUACAGUAUUCGAAUCUGAUCUGCACCGGCUAUGGAUUGACAACGUCCACCACGACUACCACAACGUCCCCUGGCAGCAAUAAUAAUAUUAGUAACGUUAGCAAUAUAACUCACGGCGUUGGCAGUGUCAACAACAAUAGUCUCAAUAGCAAUAGCCACCCAGUAGGCGGAAGUGGCCAGAUGACUAAAGCAGUGAAUAUACUCGCUGGACAUAGCGUGUCUUCAUCAAGUGGUGAUGCAGCGUCUCGCGUACAAGUGCUUAGCAAUGUGACGCUGGUGUCUAAAGGACAACAACUGCAGUCGCAGCAACAGCAGCUGCAGUUACAAAUGUCGCAGACCACAUCCUCGACUUCGACGACGACCACAUUCAACUACAUUGAUGCCGCUGGAAAGAAUUUCAAUGUUCUCACGCCGACCGGCACUAAGCUCAACGCUGGAAAACUUAUCAGUGUGCCGAUAGCUAAGGUGAAAAAUCUCAACAACCACCAUCAACAUCCGCCUCUAUCUCAGCAGCAACAGCACCAGCAAAUUGUGUCUUCGUCCUCGUCCGUUCCAAUUGCGCAACAGCAUCUUCCGGCAAUGUCUAUUGCUGGAGGGUUUCUGCUCGGCAAUAGUAGCAGUAGUGGUAGCGGAUCUGUGGCAACGACAACAAAUACAAUGGUGCAGAAGCUAACUGUACCUCGCAAUAUUCAACUCGUGACAAGGAUACCGACCAGCAAUAGUAAUUCCGGAGUGGUUACAACGACAUCUUUGAGCAAUGGAGGACGAAUUCUUCAUCAGCAACAGCCACAGCAAAUCCAAUAUAGUAGCCCUCUUACCCACUUACAAGAUACUGGAGGGGGUGCAGGGUUGCCAACACUAUGUGGACCUGCGGUUGAGCUCAAAAAUAUUGUGCCAACGCACGUUAAACCGCUUGCUGUUACCAGCAAGAGCAAAGUAAGCCAGAAUGCAUCAUUAAAAAUGUUACAGCAACAGCAGCAGCAGCCAAAGCUUGCAAAUGUAACGCUAAAGACGCUGAACGUCAUGAAACAUCAACCGUCUACGGUGGGUGGUGUCAACGUGAGUCUGAAAACGAUCCGGAGUGCCGGUACGACUCAGAAAGGCAAUGGAAACAUUAACAUUAGCACCACCACGCCAAAUAAUGCUACUUCACAGAUGUUAUGUCUGAAGAAUAGUAAUAAUAUAGUUACAACUUCAAACGCAUUGAUCGAUAUACAGGCGAAUGCAGGGUCCGUUAAUACGACCUCCAUGUACACGAGUACUUCUGCACAAGCAGUAUAUCACAAUGCUCAUACCGUUCAGCAACAAUCGGCUGUGCUGGGUGGUACGCCAGCAUUCGCGCAACAGCACAGCACCAUCAAUAAUACGAACAGCAGCAAUAUCAGCAACAGCGGUAAUAAUCAAGUCAUCGGAAUACCAUCUUCCGUUGGAAGCAUUAAAUUGUCAUCAUCGAUGCAGCACGUCAUGGGCGCAUCGAAACAGUCCAACAAUGCAACAAACGUGAUGAAAACGAAUAAGAAUCAGCUGAUACAGAUUCAACAACAGUCGUCUCAAUCGCGUACACAAUCCCCUCUAAUGCAGGGUGCAUUUAUCGCUGGGAAUCUCUCCGGUAUCGGCACUCAGCAGCCGAUAGUUCUGCAGCAGCAGCAACAGCAACAGGGAACUAUAAUAAUGAGCACACCAUCAUCACACACAACUAAGACGUCGGGCGGAAGUCGGUACACAUCAUCUGCAAUGGGUACAACUGUUAACUACAUUGCUGUGAGCUCUUCGUCUUCGAUUGGAUCGUUUGGAUCAGGAUCAACGAUGACAACGUUGACGACACCGCCAACUCCAACAGUAGUAGGAACAGGCCAUAAAGGGUUGAGCAAUUUGUACACGGCUGCAGCAACCGUAGGCGGGUACGAUCAACCGCUUGCAGAAUCGAUGGUUAGUUAUACCAGCGUCAAAAGUGGUGCUAGUAACUUCGCAAACGUUAAAGGGAAUGGCGGCUCACCGAUGAAAGCAACCAAAAAUGUCGGCGGACGUGGUCGAAACAACAGUGGAGGACAAUAUCCCUUACAUGUGCCGACUUCUACGCCAUCUUCAGUUGCGCAGCAUCAUUAUGCAACACUUGAGCAACAGUCUCUGGCGUCGGGUGCGGAUCAACAAUCUACGCCCCAAGCAACUGUGAACUAUGCGGCAUCACCUCCGUAUCGUUACGUGUAUACUUCGUCUCCCGCGACAACCUCUGCUAAAGCAUUAACAGCUCAGCAAAGCGGAUCCGGUGUAAAUGAAGGAGACAUUAGCUAUAUAAACGGACAGUCGGAUGAAACGACUACAGCGAGAAUCUUGCAGAGUUUGUCUCAAAAGUCUUUGGAAUCCGGUAAUAACAUGAAAAUUCUCGGUAGGCACCCAUCCGGGAUCGAACUAUCAGGCGUUUCUGUUUCAAGCCGUCUUAGAUACGAUUCUUCCAGUUCCAUAGAUGGCGGAAGGCAAAGUGGAUCUGCUGAUGGUGUAACUAGCCUUUUUGCGGACAAUAUUCCGCUGAAAGAGUGCAUCUCAUCGAACAUGGGGAGUAGUUCCACCUAUUAUUCGGGUCGAGACGACGAUGAGGGAAACAGUGUUGAAGUGCGGCCUGGUCCAGUGGAUCCAUCGGCUGGGCGAUUCUACGUUCUACAGGCAGUAAUGCAGGACCACACCUAUUGCGAGCCACUUUCGACGUCUGUUGCACAAAGCUCUGUCGUGGAGCAACAUCAUCACACGGUUUCUUCGGGUAUGCUUCCGACGAUGCAGCAGCAGCAACCAAAUAUUUUAUCCAAUUCAACACCAACUACACAACAAUCCGCAGUUGGUUCCGUCGCAAAUGCCGCAGGAUCAGGUAGUCCAGCAAUGGGAUCGUUCACGUCAACGGGUGUCGCUAGCAAAACAACGGCAAUAGCAGGAAUUGCGGUCGGUUCGAGCGGAUGCCCUCCCAUGAUGGUCCCGGUAGCGCAGAUGAACUUAGCUAAGUUGACUUCGGCGGCUGUCGCAAGUGAUCUACUGGCUGGUGUAGCUGUAAAAAGAGCAGCAGCCGUGACAGGGAUGUUCGAGUAUCUAUACCAAGCAAAAGGAGGUUUGUCAACAACUCGGCCGAGAAUGCAUGACGAUAAUGACGAUGUGCAGUCAGUCAUCAGCAAUGGUUCGCGCACCGGACAGGACAACGAUCUGGGUGAAGAGACAGAUACCGCGCCUGAGUGUGAAGGUGAAGAUGAUUCAGUAACACGGUGCAUCUGUGAUUUAACUCACGAUGAUGGCUACAUGAUUUGUUGUGAUAAGUGCUCUGCCUGGCAACACGUGGAUUGCAUGGGAAUCGAUCGUAUGAAUAUUCCGGACGAGUACAACUGUGAGCUGUGUCAACCACGGCCGGUGGAUAAAGCCAGAGCACGUCAACUCCAGCUGCACAAGCGCAAAGAACAGAGUUUAUUCCUUGCCAACAACAACGUGACGGCAUCGUCUUCAUCGACUCAGAUUGGUGCACUUGAUGGUGGGAUGUCAAACACAAACCAUCAGCUGCUUCCUCCAACACCGCCUUUGAGCGGAAAGAGUGGCAAUUAUCAUCAACAACAACAAUAUUCUCAUUCGCAGCAGCUCCUGCCAAAUGAACUCAUAUCGCAUCAGCAGAUGCAAGGUCAUUCGCAUCAAAAUAGCAGCACCGGAGCGUUCGGGGCUAAUCACAAUGUAACGCCUACGGGUGUAAAAGGAUCAAAAAAAUCAAAAUCUGCAGGAGCUGGAGGAUCGCGCAAAAAGUCCGAUAAUAACAUUAUGUCGGCUUUAUCAGCGAAUGCUGCUAUAACGACGCUAACAAUGGUGGGUUCAAACGGUGUUCCUGGUGGAGUUGGAAACGCCAUGAACAAUCCUGGCACCAGCUCGACAACGUCAAUGGUUGUGUGUAGUAGUGGAGGUGUGCCAUUGGGGAGCAACCUUGUUCCGUCUGCUGGAAUGAUGGUGGACCCCACGUCAACUACGAUGUCGGCGUUGGCGCUGGCGUCAUCACCGGUUGCUGGCGCAUUACAAGCGUCCGCGAUAGCAUCGUCCGUGUCAAUGCACUGUGAUAGUAGUACUAGUGGCGGAGUAAUGACUAAAAAGUUAAGCAAAAAAGCAGAGGCGGCCCUGAACAACCGUUUGACCAGCGGUAAACGUACAGCUGCUGGCAAGGAAUUACGAAACGUCGCUGUGAAUGCUGCUACGGCGACGGGUUCCAGACCUUCCAAAAAGAAAGCGAAGAGCGCAGAGCAGAGCACCGAAAAGCUCAUGAAUAUGAUCCGCACGUGGAUUGAUAGCUACGAGCGCGCCACUACGAACCACUACUCACCGGAGUUACGGGCCCGGCUUCAAGCGUUCGCAAAAAUGCAAUCACAAAAUCCAUUGCUCAUCGAUAGCCGGUUGCUGUCAGUGGCCGGUGGUGCGAGUCUCGCUCCGCGCUGUACCACUGUGCCACACGCGGGAGGAAAAAUUCUGAUUGGGACCAGUGAUAUUGAACCUCGAGUCCCAAUCAUUGAAGUACGAGGCAAGUACAUGCUGACAAGCCAGCACAAACAGCUGCAGUCGCUGUUCAACAUGGCCGCGAAUGGGAAGCUGAGUCAAAACAAGAACGCCGGCCCCUUUCUCUUCCUUUACCAGUUGCCAGCAGCCGGAUGUGGCGGGAUGGAGUUGUGUGUAGACACUCGAACAUAUGGCAACGAUGCGCGCUUUGUUCGACGAUCCUGUCGGCCAAACGCGGAGCUUCUGCAUAGUGUCGAGAAGGGAGUUGUACAUCUGUACAUUGUCGCAACUACAAAUAUUAAAUCGAACACGGAGAUCACUAUUCGGCAUGAUGAGCAACUAAUUCAUCGAAUGGGUGGUGUUGUGAUUCUAACCCAUACCACAGUAACGAAUGUGUGUGCUUGCGGAUUGAUCAAGGAUUGUGCUUACUCGGCACAACUGAACGAAUCCGUAGGACCAAGUCCGCAGUUAGCUGGUGCUCCGCUGAUUAUAUCCUCGUUGCCUAAUAAUGCUACCACCAGUUCCAUUUCUAAAGGUGGUAACAAGAUCGGCUCGAAGCGCACCCUUGCUGAAGGUGCUCUUGAUCAACAGCAUGGGAAGGCAAAGUCUAAGAAAACGCGCCAUAAUAGCACCGGUCGUUCCAACGAUGCAAGAAAUCGAUCGAUCUCUUCGAGCGGCGGCGAAAGCGACUCGAUUGUUGGCAGUCAAUUUUGCAGUCCAGUAAAAAGAGGCAUUCCUGGUAGCUUGAUGUCUCCUCAGCCGAUUGUCUCGUCGCUCCAGAUACACCAUUCUCAACACUCAGACGAACAGCAGCCACUCGUCUUGCCCGGACCUCCUCCUAUGGCUUCUCCUCUGCCUCUACAGCUGCAAGGAAUUGCGCAUGGCGGUACGUCCUACUUGUACGGAGGAGGCAUCAGUGGGGCAGCAACGCCGUCGUCGCCUUACCACCUAUAUGGUGUAAAUUCUCCGCCACACGCACAAACAUCAGCGUUACCAACUGUUACGAUACCUUUGAAUGCCGGUGUACCUCAACCGUUAACGCUCCCACAUCAUUCACCGAAUAAAAAGCAACUGCAACAAUUUCACCAGCAAAGUCAGGAACAACAACCGGAAGCAGCAGCCGCCCUGUUAGCGAUGGCCUCGUCUGGAGGUGGAUGCGCCGGUUCUAGACCGGGAACGGCGGCGCUAGACGCCGCAUUACUCGAGCAUGGUACUCGCAUGGAGUUGAUACAACAGCAACAGCAAUUACAUUGCAUGGAAAUCCUUGAAGAUGUGAUGAAAAUACAAAUUAAGCCAUCGCCACCAACGUCACCACAAAAAUCAACCAGCUCGAUAAGUUCACCUGUUUCUCUAUUGCUGUCACCAACAAGACCGGUACAACAGCAUGGUGUCGUUGAAGUGAAGGAAAUUAUUGGAACCGCACUGUUUCAGCAGCCGCAAGUUAAACAAGAGCCUUCUCUGACGGCUGUCGAUGCUGUUGAGGAUAAUUUAAUACCUCUGGUCAAACAAGAACAGAGUGAAUUGAAGGAAGUAAAUCAUCCUAGUGACUUUUCGGACGUUUCCCAAUCAUACAUUUCAAAGGAGGAGGAGAGUAAGUGCGAUGUAAAGCUUGAAUCGGUUAUGUCAGUUAAUGCGCGCGACGUCGAAGCGAAGGAAACUGAUAUGGUAGCUGAGACCGAAGCAAUUACUGCUACCAUAAAAAAGGAGCAAUCGCCGUCACUGGUUGUGGAUAAAAAAUUGGAACAACCGUCCCCUGUACAAAACUCACAGCUGGAGCAACAACCGGUGCUCAUGAAUAAUCUGUCUGCUUCCUCUUCGCCAGUGAAAGGUUCAAGCUCGCCUAACAAUCACCAUCACCAUGAUGCUUCAAAUUUCUCUUCGAACAAAAGUAAAAAGAAUAGUCCUGGCGGGGACCACCACCAUCCGGCGCUUCACCCACAGCAGCAGUCUCAACAACCUCGUUCUGAAAAGAAACAGGCAACGGAAAAACCAAAUCGCAAGCUAACGCGAGAGGAGCGCAAAAUGGAAGCGAUCGUAAAGGCGUUUGCAAAAAUGGAACAAUCGCAACAACGCAAACAGGAAUUGAAAGAACAGCGCAAGAGCGGAGGAACUGGUGAACAGUUGUGUCACGGAAUCGGUACCCCCGGUAAACGUCGUAGUAUCUCUACAUCUACGGUUGCUCAUGGAGGUAACCUUUCUGACGAUGGUACCAUGGAUGGCGCACUCUUAGGGGGUAAUGUUUCAUCGUCCUCUGGACCACUGAUGGCAAAUAGCUCUUGUGAAGGUGCUAAUAUGGAUUCUUCAAUUCAGUUCGGUUGCUCUCCUAACGCGAAUUCAUCCUCUAGCGGAGGAAGUUGCAGCGGAAGUAGUAGCAGUUAUGGUGGUAAGAGGAAGAGUACCAGUGGGGGAGGUCUUCUGACAAGUAUCGGCACUCCUACAAAAACUCGCUCGUCAAAGAAGAAGAAAAGUAAGGCCGUCAGUCAGCAUUUUGCUUCUUCGACGCAACAACGCCGAAAGAAGCUAGCGGCGGCGGCAGCUCGUUCAAGAACGAAAUCAAAAGUGAAUACUAGCCGAGUACAACAGUCGCAACACCAAAAUCCACAACUCACAUCCCAACCGUUGGUCCUGAAAGACGUGGAGAAUGAAAUUGCUAGUGGUAGCCAGUAUGCAGGCGGUCAGUACGAUAAGGCAGCAGAGUUAUUGUUAACCUUCUCGCAGUCUGCCAGCAGCAGCGGGGCGGCCCAAUUGAUGGGAGUUAGCACACCAAACGUUACCCUGGAUGUCGGUGGAGAAUUGUCAAGCGCCGGAGUACCCGGUGGUGUUGCUAGCGGCAGUCUUCCAUUGCUUAGUUCCGCUUGCAUGCUAGUUGAGGCGGCUGUUGGCCCGCUGGAGCAAGCUUCAACGGUGCUUAUAGGCGGGAGACCGCUAAACCUUCCCAGCUCGGUAAUGGGAUCGGUCUCUGUGCCGUCUCCACCGGUGCAUGCUCAGACACCAGAAGUAGUUUCAACGGAGCAAGAUUUUAAGUACCCGGCAAAGGCAAAGACGAAGAAAAGCAUGAGCCGAGAGUGGCUAAGUGGGCAUCAUCUGGCAGUAGAACAGAUUGAUUCCUCUUAUGCGGCAGCCAACGACGAAAAGAGUACUAGCGGCAACGUGGUCGACGUAGCAGCUGCACUUGGAACACCUUCUGCUGCUAAUCUGAAGAGCAAUUUUGACGAUGCGAGCAUGGCCUCAACGGUCGCAGAAGACGGUGGUAACAUAAUGAAUGCAGCGAAAAAAGUAGAAGAAUUCAUCAUGCAAAAUUCAGCACAAUCGGACGAUGUCAAGGCUGGUGUUAUUCCACCCUCAUCAGUGGGAGUUUCGUCGUCUGUCUCGCACAGUGGCUCUAAUAAGUGGACACCAUCCAUCGGAGAGGUCUCGGCCUCUUCGGAAAAAAUGGAAAGCGCCGCGGUUAAGAAACGCUGGUUGCGACAGGCGAUAUCGGAAGAGACAGACGAACACCCGAACUUAGCCGGAGGAGGAGGAGGGAUACACUCGUCUUCAUCAUCUUCCUCUUCGUCGCCUCCUCCACCGAAUGGGUUUACAACACCACUGAAGAAACGACGUGUCAUACGGAUAAACCCACCACCGUUAGCACUGAGCUCAAUUUCUUCGGAAAUCCAGCUGAAGCAGCUACAGGAACAGCAACAGUUAUAUGUUGUAUCGACUGCAUCCCCUCAAUAUACGGGCACUAGCAACAGUGUUACGACGAGCGCUGGAAAUGGUGGAACAGGUGGCACCGGUGCCCUGUUUUGGAAUAAUUCGUCUCCGGAAAAGCAAGCAAUGGAUCUUUCGUCACAUCGCCCUCCGAAGGCUAGUGGCCCAGUGAAAAUGCUCACUCCGCUUCACUUUGCCGAUCCUGGACCGAUGCCGGAAGUUAAUAUCCCUGCACCUUCCACAUCUCCACCGGUUUCUUCUGCCACUGCUAGCAUAAACGUUCAUCCGCAGCUUCAUCUUGGCGGUGCUGUAAAUGUGUCGUCACCGCAUCAACACCAUCUUCACCAUCAUCAUUCUUUUCCAUUGCUGCAGCAAAUUCACCACCAACCACAUCAUUCGAUCCCGUUAGUCUUGUUGGAACAGAUGCAGUUUGAAACAAACACGUUGGUAGUAGAAGACUCAUCGAGUGCGGCGGUGAAUGUCGAGCCGUCGUUAUCAGUUGAGAAAGAAACAGCAGAACAGGAACGGGAAGGAUAUGCACCAGCGGUAACGACGUACACACCUGUCGCCACGAGUGACACAAUCGAGAUUGUUGCGGAGGCAGCUCCAGAACAGCAGGAAGUUGUUAUACUAUCGUCUAUGGAAGAUUCCGUAGAUUUAGUAACUUCUGAACAGCCUGAUGUGAAGGUGAUCAGUUCUUAUGACAGUAAAGCAAAGACACGUAGUAAAGGCAGCCAAAAGUACAUCGCCACCGUCGAAACAGAAGUCGUCGUGGAGGAGUGCAUUCCACAAGAAACUGUCCACCAACAUGAAGAUGACGCAGAAGUAGCUGAAAAAAUUGAGAAAGCAAUAGAGCUAAGUAUCAUCUCAGAGGCUUCUCCUGAAGUUGUUAUUGAAGAAAUGAUGCAAGAACAAACAAAUGAGAAGUCUUCUCAGGAUCAGAAGGAAGGGCAUGAGUCUCAAUCUCAUGAGUCGAUUUCGCUCGGGGAUUCUGGGAAUGUCACCCACUCUGCAGUGUCUGCGUCUGAAAUGGAUGUAGUCUAUGUCAAGCAGCAGGAACAACCCGCGAUGCACGCGAAGCAAGAAGAUGAGAUGAUGGAAGAGGAAGAGGAUCGUGAUGCCGAAGACGGUGGAAUCAGCUACUGUGAAGCCGACGAAGAAACGAAUGAAAUAUCGCAGGAUCAGCGAGAAAUUUCUGUUGCGGAAUCGCUUUCGUCUACGUUUGAUGAAAUUGUCGAAACAAUUGUUGAGGAGCGGUUAGCUGCCAUGAAUGACGAAUGUCCCUCGGGUGUGAUUGAUGGAAGUGAGCAUCCAGGCGAUGACACGGAUGGAGGGGCAGAGGAAGAAUCGGUACUGGUAUAUGUCCAAGAAGAGGAAGAAGAAAGUGCUACUGGAUUACGAAGCCGUGAGGAGGACGAUGACGCUUUGAUGCGUGAAGUCGAAGAGGAAAUGAUGGAAAUGAUGUCUGAAACCAGUGCGCUGAAACUUCGUAUGCCGAAAACAUUAUCCGAUGUUGAGAAGACCGUAGAGUUUGUGGUAGACGACGAAGACAAUGGCGAGGAACCGUUAAAUGAGUCAAAGAAAUCGGAAACAGCGAACGUUGUAGACCCCAUUCAAUCACCACCAGUUGCAAGUUCAUCGCCAAAUGUGACAAACGGUACAAAGGAAAGUGAAAAAAGGACUUCAACGGUGAAACCAGUGGCAGAAGAGAGUGACCAGAGUGAGAUGGCGGAUCUCCAGAAGGUGAUUGCUUCGUUUCAUUCAGAAAACAUAAUGAAUCUGAUUUCACGAAACAAAAGCAAAUCAAAGAAAGGUAACAGUUGCAGCACUACACCGCCAAGCAUAGCCGGAAGUGGAAGUUUUGGCGGUAAGAAACAGACGAAGCUUAACUUCGAUCUCAGCGUCAAAGAUGAUGCUGUAAAUGUGACAUUGCAAAAGGCUGCCACAAUUCCGGAUGCAGUUCCAUGCGAGGGUAAUACCACAGAAAAGCCUGCUGGCAUUACGGUUUUACCACCAAUGGUGUUGCCUCCGUCGUCAGUGUCGGUCUUGGCAGCGUCAACGUUACCGCCGCCGUCCCUAAUGACUACGUCACCUUCAGGUGCCAUGGGUUUGCUUGGAGUGAAAAUUUCAGUCACUGGGACGACGGGGGGUGUUAUCCUGCCGUCGGUAACAACCUUUGGAAGUGAACCGAUUAGAUCGUUCUCGACGCUUCGAAUGGAUCCCAUCACGCCUCGGGACUCGAUGGGUUCGGCAGGACAUCUAAGCACACUGGGUGGAUAUCAGCUUCAUCAGCGCAGUACCUCGGGAAAUACAACCACAUCGUUCUUGGACUAUCCAAGUACCGGAUCGGUAGUGGGCCAAUCGACAGGAACUCCGACAGGAGUCGGAUCGGUCACCAGUAGCGGAGGCAUCUACCAGUAUCGAUCAGAGGUGUCGAAUCUACUUGAACGAACGGCGAUGCUGGCGCCGCUUCAUCGAUCGGCUAGCUUUUCGAUGUUGGGAUCCACCACAUCGUCUAUCGUAGCUGGUAGCAGUGUGACCGGCAAAUCAUCCCUUCUUCUCGGUGCAACCGAAUCCCUUUCGACGUUGGGUGGAACGACAUCGUCGGCAACCGGAGCUGGAAUAGGUACAUCAUCGGCAGGAGUAAUCACCCCAACCGGAGGAACGCCAGCGGUGGGAACAUAUCCGAAAAUAUUCACCAAAACAGCCAGCUCCGAUCCGCGUCUCAAUCCGGCAUUGCUGACGGCAACCCCUGGAGCCGAUACUGCGCCAGCCGGUGGAACAGCCGUCGCGAGUGCCCCUGCGACUCCGAAACGCAAGCUCUCUAUAACUGAAUACCGCAAACGGAAACAGCAGUCUUCCACUGAUUGUGUCGUAUCCUCCACCAAGGCGAUAACGUCAACGAUCACUUCAUUAACCGGCGCUUCUUCGACAUCGUCUUCUACGGCUGCAACGACUUUGGCGAUUGCCACAUCGUACAAGGGAAAUCGUAAGGAAGAAUCGGCCGCAGUCAGUAGUACCAUCAGCAGCAACGAUGUGACCAGCUCGAUCAACCGUGAGCUUUGUAUGGAGCUAGAUCUUGACGCGCCGGAUGAUCCCAAAUCGGGUGACAAUUCAAAUUCCUCCUCAGCUUCUUCUGGCGGUAGUCGUUUGCGUGGAUCUACGUCCACUGGCAUCAGCAAUGGCACGCUGACUAGAUCGAUUGGAAAGGAUAUGGUCGGCGGAAGCGUAUCACUUUCGGAUAAUGCCUCCUCGAUUCACCAUCUGCACCAUCACAGCCACUACGAGACACUGUCUUCGACUGAAGAAAUAACUACCACAUUCAGUGCUACACCGACCCUGGCCGAGCUGCGCAGUGAAGGUGGAAUGUCCACGGAAAGGUUGAAAUCGCUGAAAUAUUUCCCCUAA